AUGCUAUGUUCUAUUUUCUUCAAGAGUGAAUUAACAGAUUUGGGUGUUUGUGUAAAAAAUGCACGGAAAAAUUAUGGUCAUUGGUGGAAAUCAAUAACAGUUUUACGUGAUAUAAAUAUUACUGUUCCAACAGGAAUAAUAUAUGGUUUAUUGGGUCCAUCAGGAUGCGGAAAAACAACUCUUUUACGAUGCAUUGCUGGCCGUUUAGAAUUAAAUCGAGGAGAAUUUGGUGGUCAACAACGUUGUGUAUCAUUAGCAUGUGCUCUUCUUCAGCAACCUCAAUUAUUAAUUCUUGAUGAACCAACUGUUGGAGUUGAUCCUUUACUUCGAGAAAAUGUCAGUUUUUUUAUUGGUCGUAAUGCUGAACAUAUCCCAAUGGCACUUUAUAAUAGUGAAGCAGUAAAUGGAUUUUCAACAGGAUAUUUAAGUUUACAAAUUAUAAAUAAAUUAAAUCUCGAUCAAAUUCAUUUAAUAUGUUGA